GAGAGAGAGACAGAAAAGGAGAGAGAGACAGAAAAGGAGAGAGAGACAGAAAAGGAGAGAGAGACAGAGAAGGAGAGAGAGAAGAAGAGAGAGACAGAGAAGGAGAGAGAGACAGAGAGACAGCACAUGCAGACCCAGGUUAGUCUGGAGGUGGUUCAGUACCAGUCUGUAGCCACCAGUCCCAUGACCCCACCCCAGGGGGCUGGUGCCGACGCCUUCCCCUUCCCAGCAGCCUCUAGGAGUCUAAAGGUGGUUCAGUGCCAGUCUGUAGCCACCAGUCCCAUGACCCCACCCCAGGGGGUUGGUGCCGACGCCUUCCCCUUCCCAGCAGCCUCUAGGAGUCUAAAGGUGGUUCAGUGCCAGUCUGUAGCCACCAGUCCCAUGACCCCACCCCAGGGGGCUGGCGCCGACGCCUUCCCAUUCCCAGCAUCCUCUAGGAGUCUAAAGGUGGUUCAGUGCCAGUCUGUAGCCACCAGUCCCAUGACCCCACCCCAGGGGGCUGGUGCCGACGCCUUCCCCUUCCCAGCAUCCUCUAGGAGUCUAAAGGUGGUUCAGUGCCAGUCUAUAGCCACCAGUCCCAUGACCUCACCCCAGGGGGCUGGCGCAGACGCCUUCCCAUUCCCAGCAGCCUCUAGGAGUCUAAAGGUGGUUCAGUGCCAGUCUGUAGCCACCAGUCCCAUGACCCCACCCCAGGGGGCUGGCGCCGACGCCUUCCCAUUCCCAGCAGCCUCUAGGAGUCUAAAGGUGGUUCAGCAGCACUCUGUAGCCACCAGUCCCAUGACCCCACCCCAGGGGGCUGGCGCCGACGCCUUCCCCUUCCCAGCAGCCUCUAGGCCGGGUGCGGAGACUAAGGACGCAGAGCUGCAGGUGGUGCACCAGGUGGAGUUCCGUUCUGUCGCCACUGCACCCAUGACUCCAAAAAACAACAACAGCCCCACCCUCCUCUCUGCCUUCCCAAAGCUCAGCAGGAGAGAAGGGGAGGAGAGGACGGAGGAGAGGAGAGAGAAUGAGGGGAGGGACGAGAGGGAAACUACAUCGGACCCUGUUGUAGUUACUCCUCGUCUGAUGUUAGCUCCGGUACUGAAAUGUAGCGCUCCGAAAGAGGAGGUGGCUGAAGAGACAAAGUCUCAGUCCAACAUCCCUCCAGAUAGCUCUGUUUACUCAGAUCCUCAGACUGACGGAUUCUGUCAUAACUACGCUGGUGAUCCAGAGGAGGUUAAAAGGAGAGGGCGACAUGGGGCGACUGGGGACACUGUCGAUCAAGAGAUUACCAUUCUGGUCACCCAGCAUGACGGCAUCGGAGUUGUGGAAGAAGAGGAGGAGGAAGAAGAGGAGGAGGAGAGAAGGGAGGAGAUGAUGUCAUUUAUUCACUCCACUGAGCCUGAGGCGUCUGUGGAGGUAGACAACAUGGAGGGGGUGAAGGUCGUUCCUCCGGUGCCCCAAAACAGCCUGGACGAUGGGAGAAGUGAUGACAUAGCUCAACCAGAAAGCGCAGAGACGGUCAUGAACCCCCACUCACACGGAAACAGACAGGAAGAUUCUCUCCCUCCUUCCGGUGAAGACAUCCGAACGGAAACGAAGCAGAUGACAUCACCACAAUCUCUGACUAAAAACAAGCACCCUGAACAAAUAGGAGAGGAAUCGAAGCUCCGCUUUAGUGAGGAGCAACCCAACCAGACAGAACAGCACAGCCUAGUGGACAGGAGUGGAACUGCCCAACCCAUCCAGACAGAACAACACAGCCUAGUGGACAGGAGUGGAACUGCCCAACCCAUCCAGACAGAACAGCACAGCCUAGUGGACAGGAGUGGAUCUGCCCAACCCAUCCAGACAGAACAGCACAGCCUAGUGGACAGGAAUGGAACUGCCCAACCCAUCCAGACAGAACAACACAGCCUAGUGGACAGGAGUGGACCUGCCCAACCCAUCCAGACAGAACAGCACAGCCUAGUGGACAGGAGUGGAACUGCCCAAACAGAACAACACAGCCUAGUGGACAGGAGUGGAACUGCCCAACCCAUCCAGACAGAACAGCACAGCCUAGUGGACAGAAGUGGAACUGCCCAACCCAACCAGACAGAACAGCACCACUCUGUAGCCUCCCACCCCAUCACCCCAACCCAGGGAGUCGGCACCAACGCCUUCCCCUUCACAGCAUCCUCUAGGUGUCUGGAGGUGGUUCAGUACCAGUCUGUAGCCACCAGUCCCAUGACCCCUCCCCAGGGGGCUGGCACCGAUGCCUUCCCCUUCCCAGCAGCCUCUAGGAGGACGGGUGCGGAGACUAAGGAUGCUGAGCUGCAGGUGGGCCAGCAGGUGGAGUUCCGUUCUGUCUCCACGGCACCCAUGACUCCAAAAACGGCCCCCGCCACCCCCACAGCCUUCGCAGAGCUCAGCGAGAGAGAGGGGGAGGAGAAGAAAGAGGUGAGCGAGGGGGAGGAGAAGAAAGAGAAACGAGAGAGGGGGGAGAGUACAAAAGAGACGAAGGAGGACAGAAGGGAAGAGAAAUCUGAAGUGAAAGUGAAAGAGGUUGAGGAGCAGACAAAGCAAGAGGAGAGGUCAGACGAGCCGGUGCAGGAGGUGAGGUGGGACGAGAAGGGGAUGACAUGGGAGGUGUAUGGAGCGGUGGUAGAGGUAGCCGUCCUGGGCUCAGCCAUACAGAAACACCUGGAGAAGCAGGUUGAGAAGCUCAGAAAGCAUCCCUCCCCUGGCCUGCCUCCUCCCCUCAACCCAGCCGCCAUGCCACUGCCCAGUACCCCUCCUCCCCUAAACCCAGCCGCCAUGCCCCUGCCCUCCACCCCUCCUCCCCUCAACCCAGCCGCCUUGCCCCUGCCCUCCACCCCUCCUCCCCUAAACCCAGCCGCCAUGACCCUGCCCUGUACUCCUCCUCCCCUCAACCCAGCCACCAUGCCCCUGCCCACCACCCCUCCUCCCCUAAACCCAGCCGCCAUGCCCCUGCCUUCCAACCCUCCACCGGCCUCUGGGACCACCCAGGGAUUGUUGGGUAAGGGCUUGGCCUGGAAGAGAGGGGAGCGGGAGGGGAAGAGAGGCAGGCGCCGGAGGAACCCUUUCCGUUUGCUGUUGAAGAACAUGCAGCAGCCCAACUGUUGCUCCCGAACUCAUUCUACUGAGUGACACUGCAGGAGCAUCAUCCAUUCCCUCCUUCCUCGCCCACUGGACUGAAGGCUAACUACAUUACCACCCAUUCUCUCCUUCCUCUGCCAUUGGACUGAAGGCUAACUACAUUACCACCCAUUCUCUCCUUCCUCGCCCACUGGACUGAAGGCUAACUACAUUACCACCCAUUCUCUCCUUCCUCUGCCAUUGGACUGAAGGCUAACUACAUUACCACCCAUUCUCUCCUUCCUCGCCCACUGGACUGAAGGCUAACUACAUUACCACCCAUUCUCUCCUUCCUCUGCCAUUGGACUGAAGGCUAACUACA